UUAGAGUAUAUUCUAACAUAUAUCCGCAAGAUGUUUAGUCGACACAUUAGUCUUUCCAUGAGUGACUUCCAAUAGCAAACUUGAAAUUUUAUUCUUAGGUGGCUAUAUAUAGGUGUGUAUUGCUUUCAUGUGUACGGAUAACUGUUGAACUAUAUUACAACCAAAUUUGUACAUUUAUUCAUUCAUUUUUGUAUUGUUGAAAGGAAUAUUAAAUAUUGAAUUAUCCGGCCUUUAUCCCCCCCCUUUUUUUUUAAUUUUAUUAUUUUUAUAUAUUUAUUUAUUGCUGGAUACUGUAUCAACUGUAUAUACAUGUAUAUGCCCUGUGUCGCCACUAUUGUAAAUCUCAUGUUUGAUUAUAGCUUAACGAGUUGUCUUUUAAAUGUAGAGGAUUCACCCUGUAAAUUUUAAUAUCUAUUGUAAACUGCAUACUAGAGUAUGCACAUUCAAGUAUUUCGUUAAAUAGUCGAACCUGCUUUCAGGGAAUUCGUGAUCGAUACAUUCGCACGCUGUGGUCAGGCCUAUAGUUUUGAUUAACAUAUAAGAUACCAGAGUGGUUUUGUGUAGUCUGGUGUUGAACUCUGAAUUUUUUAAAUCGUCCAUGAAUUCAUCAUAUCGUAUUUUUAAAUGCCAAUUCAGACAGGCACGGGAUAAACUCUUAUUUUCCCGCAAAAAUGUCAACUUUGGCGGGGUUUCCGGUUGGUGAUGCAAAAGAUGAAGACCAUUUCCGAGGGAUUGAUUAACAAACGGUAUGGGGAAACUGAAAUGUUUUGAAAUUCUCUGGGCAGAGAAUAAAUCUGUGUUUUACCCUGGAGAACGUGUAGCAGGCUGCGUGGUGCUGGACCUCAAGAAAGAUGUGAAGCUCCGAUCUCUCAGAAUCUUUUUGAGGGGUGUGGCUAAAGUUCACUGGACUGAGUCCAGGAACACGGGCACCCGACUGGGGUUAUAUACCGAACACUACAAUGCAGAGGUGGAGUACUUCUUUAAAAGACAAGUCUUGUUCGGUGGAGAGGUCACAGAUGGAAGAGAUCACAAUCUGGAGGCGGGUCAUCAUGAAUUCAAUUUCACUUUUGAUUUACCAAUGGGUGGGAUCUCCACAUCAUUUGAGGGUAAACAUGGCAGCAUCCGGUACUGGGUAAAGGCAGAGAUUGAUAAGCCGUGGUCAUUCAACCAUAAAACCAAGAAAGCCUUCACGGUCAUCAGUCCCAUUGACAUCAACCGUCCUGAGUAUAUGAACUUCGUGGAAAGCAGUGUUGAGAAGACGUUAUGUUGCUGGUUUUGUACAUCUGGGCCAGUGUCUAUCACAGCACGAACUGACAGACGGGGUUACUGUCCAGGUGAAUCCAUCCAGAUAUUUGCCGAAUUCAGCAACCAUUCUUCCCGUACGGUGUUGCCUCAAGCCACACUUUUCCAGUCACAAAUCUUCUUUGCUGGCAACAAGUCAAAGCUACGGAAAACCAGGUUUUGCACCAUUUCUGGUUCCCCUGUGGGUGCGGGCGGGACAGGAGUGUGGGAGUCGCAGGAGAUUGAGAUUCCGGCCGUGUCCCCCACCAUCAGGAACUGCUGUAUCCUCAAGGUCAAGUAUUUCAUAGAGGUGUCUCUACACAUCCCAGGAUCCCAGAACUUAGCCCUACAGCUCCCCGUUGUGAUAGGUACAGUGCCUUACCGUCAGGGCCGACACCCACCUUCCAAUCUGCAGAUGGACACACAGUUCGGUGAUGUGCCUCUACUACCAGCACCACCCCCAUACUCCGAGAAUGUGACACCACCACCUUUUGGAGACCCGCCCACCUACUGUGAAAGCAUAGAAGGAGCGGUCAAUAUUCUUGAUGAAGAUGACGACCCCGGUCAGAUGGGCAGUGUUACCUUUACUCCUAUGUAUACCUUUGUGUAUGACUACCGACGACCCCCUGCUUAUUCUGAGAGCGAUCCCCACCCUCCUCAUUGAUUUUCUUGUCACCUUAACCAGCUGCUACUUGUACAACAAAAGGAGUUUCUCAGAGUGGUCUGGAUUUUAUCAGGAAUGGUCUGGAUUGUACAAGGAACUGAUUGGAUUGUACCAAAUUCCUUUAGCUCAACAGGGAUGAAAAUACAUGCACGAUCUUCAAGGAUUGAAUAAUAAAUCUGACCUUCAAAGUCUCUGUAUGUCUAUCAAACUGAAUAUUUUUUUAAGGAAUGCAUAUUUUGAAAUAAUUAUGUCAUUUUAAGAUGUCAGUAUCCUUAUUCACAUGUCAAUGCUAAGGGCUGAGUGUUAGAAUGCAAUUCAUGGCCCAGAGUUGAUAUUUCUGAUCUGAAGUUGUUGAGGUUCGCCUUGCUGUUUACAAGGUGACUAUUGGUUCUGAACUUGCUGUCUUUCUGUUUUUAUUUGUAUAUUGAAGAUUCGGAGGCAUAAAGGUUUUGGUCAGUAUGUUUGUCCACUAAAACUUUAACCUCGCCCAUAAUUUUAAUGGAUGGUGAGAGGGCUAUCAUAUUUCACAUGUGUAUUCCUUGUGACAAGACCUUUCUUUUGGUACCAAAGUUUUAACUGUGACCUUCACUUUGGACCUAUUUUUGAAAAACUUUAAUAACCUACUGGUAGGCCAUAACUUCUAAAUGGUUAGUUAUAGGGUUUUCAUAUUUCAUGUGUUUAUUCCUUUUCACAAGACUUUUUUUAGGUAACAAAUUCUAUUACUUAUUAAAUGCCCUUGAUGUUUGAUCUACUUCAGAAAAAUUUUAACCUUGGCGUGAACUUUUGAAUUGUAAGUGAUAAGGCUUUCAUAUUUCACAAGACCUUCACUUUUAAUACCCAAAUUUCUGACACCUUGACCUGGGAAUUUGGUCUACUUCCUGAAAAUUUUUAACCUAGGCCAUAACUUUUGAAUUGUUAAUGAUAGUGUUUUCAUAUUUCACAUGUAUAUUCCUUGUGACAAGACCAUUAUCUGGGUUCCAGAAUUGUUUUGCUGUCGUAUUGGGGGUGGGGGCAUAUGUGUUUCACAAGCACAUCUUGUUGAGGUGGCUUUUGGAUGUGAGCUUGCCGCAAUUUUGUUUUUGAGGUGGUUUUUCAUACAUCGUGCUAUAAUGUAUUGUCUAUUAUCUUGCUUUAUUUUCUGUACUUGUGUUGUUUUAGUAUUUUGAAAUGUAUGGUGCUAAUUUUGUGAUAUUUUGAAAUCCUUAAAUGUGUGGUUGUUAUAGAACUAUGUUGUUAAUUAAGCAAUUGCUAGAAUUAUGAUGUGAAUGUAGUCUUUUCCGUCUUUGUGCUCUAGAAGUACUGUUACAGUACUUGCCGUUGUAUAGGGACUCACUGAAUGCUGACCUGUGUAUGUAGAUUCUAUCUCUAAACAGGUCCCCAAGGUCCUAUUGCUCUUCUUAUAAAUUACUUGUGAAAGUCAGAUAUUCUUAUGUGGUAUUGAAAUAUUGUUCUAACAACACUUGCAGGAAAUGCUGUCUGAAUUCCUGACACACAGAGCUACUGGAACAAGCUUUUGAUAUUUUGAAAGGUCAGAAAUAGUUCACUACCCAGAGUACAAUUGCUAGAUAGAUGUAUGUUGUAAGGGGAUGCCCCUCUUUACAAACCUUUAUUCAAUGUCAGAUGUAAGGGGAUGCCCCUCUUGACAAACCCCUAUUCAAUGCCGCGUGCAUUUAUAUCUUGUGACUACAUGUACAUGGUUUAUUUGAAGGAGUUUGUAUUCAAGCUGUUCAUAUUGUAGCUUGAUGUCUUUUAAUGUUAUUGAAUCAACCUUGUGGCCAUUUACCAAUGGCAAUUUCACUGGAAGUAAUUAUUCAUGUUACUUGUCUUGAAUAUCCGAUGUAUACAAUGUGUAUAUUUGCAGAAAUCUUAAUGGUUAAGUUGGAGGAAAAGGCAGGCAAUCUCUCUGAAUCAUAAUGAAUGAGAUCUUUAGCUCACUUCUAAAUCUAAUGUAUAUCAAUACACGGCGAUCUUGUUAGGUACGUGGCGGAAUUCUAAAGCUCUUUGUACGUGUUUAGUGUUAUUUCAGAUUUGGGAGUAGACUAAAGGUCAUAUUUCAAACAGAUAGUGUAUAUUUCUGUGUGGGUUUUUUUAUUUUAUAGCAUCCCGAAGGUAUAUUUCUGUGGGAUUUGUUUUUUAUAGCAGGGUAUUUUUCUGUGUGGGAUUUGUUUUAUACUGUCUUUCUGUGGGGUACUUAGUAUGUGCUCAGAAUUACUGAUUAUACAGAGAUGUGCAUCUUUAUUUUAGAACCAAUUUUACAACUUUCCAGGUUGUCUAUGUGCGUGUCUUAUUAAAAAUUUAUUAUGGCAUGCUAAUCUUUGCCUCAUAUAGGUACAUGGAAUUAAGAAAUUUUUAUUCUUUAUUCAAACUUUCGAUAUUGGUUUUACACCGUCACACAAGAAUUAAUGAUGUACACUCUGUUUUGGAAAUAUUUGACUGAGACAUCAAGUUUUUAUAUUGGUGUUGUAGGAAAUGGAAUGUGGCAACUGAGGUCCAAACCCGAGUCAAUAUAAUUAAAAUUAGAUCCUUUGAUUCGUUCAUCUACUAUUGCUACACAUAGUACAAACCUAUGUGUAGUGAUAUUAUAUGAGCGGAUCAAAGGAUCUAAUUUUAAUUAGAUUGAAACCUGAGGGAGAUUUAACUAUGUAUAUUCAUGUACAUAAACUCUCAAUGUACAAACAAUUCAUCAUCUAUAUGCCUUUCAAUGUUAUAUAUAUAGUAGGUUUUUAGUUUAACUUUUUGUUGGCAGUCUUUGUACUUAUACAUGUAAUAUGAUGAUGAAUAUAAUAUUUAUUGUUUUUUUUUUAUAUUGAUAUAUAUUUUUUUCUAAUUUUGUAAGUGUAAUAUUAUUACAUGUUUGUUAUAUGAUAUUGUAACUUCAUGUGUUGCCAUUCAACCUGUUUGUCUAGAUAUAAAGGUGUUGAUUAAUAAAUUAAGGUGUCAAAAUGUCAACGAUGAAGUCUGUUUUUAACAUGCCCAAGAAUGAAACAAGUUCAAAUUGUAAGUCUAUUUUAUUGCCAAUCUAAUUAAAAUUAGAUGUUAUACGCGAGUGGAUCCAACAUCUAAUUUUAAUUACAUUGUUUUAUUGCCAGGGGACAAUAUGCGAUAUAUUUCACAUUGGUCUCAUUGAACAGCUACCCCACAGAUGUGUAUCAUAAAAAUAUGGAGCAAGUGUAUAUAUACACUUGCAAUAUUGAUCAAGCAAUAUUGAUAGGACGCAUACAAUACUGACCAAGCACCAUGUGGUUACCUGUAACCUUGGCUAAGCAAAGUUGGAACUUGUUGAGCUUAGAAAGGUCUUGUACAGUGUAUGUAGUCUGUACUUUCUAAAAGUAAAUCACAUAUUUUUACAAUAAAAUACAUGCAUGUACAAAACCACUCGCUGUCCACAUACAUGUAGAAAAUGACACUCUUCAUAAUUUGACAUCAACAUAGUUUUUCACUCAUGACUUUGAUGUACCGGUAUUCCCAUCCCAAGAGCUAGCACACAUAAUUGUGUCUGUAAUAGUAGUAGUAGGAGGUCUUGUACCAUUCCAACCCUAAUAAAAAAAAACUACCAUUGUUAUUGCAGACAAAAUUACCGGUUCCUAUGGAGCUAGUCACCAUUAUCACCCAAGUUUUUUUUUUAUCACAAAUUUUGUAUGAUCAAUCAGCAAGGUCUGGUCUUGACAAUUCCAGAAAAAAUGACAUCAAUUAUGAACACGGAGAUUGAGCAAGCCACAACUUGUACAGUCAUCAAUAGCUAGUACUUUAGUGACAUGCUUGGUCUCCUACACACUUUGAGAUUGAUGAUUAUCCCCGAGAGAAAAAUCUCUCGUGUCUACUGAUUGGUGGUGCAUUAACACUGACCGAGUCGUGCGGAGCCGAGAUCAGGUGACCUGACUCUGCAGUUCUUCUGUCCAGUCGUCUUCCCCCAUGUCCUCUUCUGCACUCGUACAUUCCUCCAAGUUUUGAUAGCAGCCUUGUUUGGCCCGGAUCAGAUCUCCCCACAGGAUUACUGCCCGACACAAAGGACACUUCCCGUCCACUGGAAUGAUCUGUCCAGGCUGGUUUGUAAGAAACCGCUUGGCCAAGCAUAUGAUAUGGGCCUGCAUUGAACACUUUGGAUGAACACACUUCAGAUUACUAUCACUGGCCUUCAAACGCUCUCUACAAAUACUGCACCUGAUGUGUUUCUCGUUUUUCCUGAGGAGACUCAGUAAUUCAUCGUCAUCACCUUGACUGUCGGAUGCCCCCGAUUUACUUUUUUUAUUUGCUGCAUUCUUUUUUAUUCUAAUGGGACCGUAUGCUAUGGGCAUGUGCGCUGGCGGACUGAACUCCAGGGAAAAGUCCUGAAUGUACUGCUGUUUUAACCACCGAAUGGUUAAUGCAAACCUGCACCAGGGGCACGUAUUUAGCAUGACAGAGACAAUUCGGAAUUUAUACUGAAACGGUGUCUCUUUCUUCGUUUUUGCGGGUAAAUGUUUCAACCUUCUAGACUUCUUUGGAUUUUGCCACGCCCAUUCGAAUCGCAAUGCUGAGAUCUCAUUUGGAAACCCAUGAAUGACAAGCACCAUUUCCCACGGUCCCCGACCAUGCGUCCUCCAGGCCCCGCCUGCCUGUUUCCCUUUGUUAUGUUGUUGGAUUCGCCUGUUUGGGUUCACCGUGAAUCCAAUAUAAGUCCUGCCUUUAAACUGUGGGUUGACGUUAUACAGUAAAUACACACCGAAAAAUUGUUCCAAUUCUGCCGAUGCGUCCAUUGUUGUGAUU